AUGGUCCCGGUGCUCGCCAACCUGGCCGCCGCGGCCGCAGUGUUCGUGCUGACCAGCCUGUGCGCGGUGCCGCUGCAGGGCCAGAGGCCGGGGCAGGUGGACCCCCUGGCGGUCCAGCAGGCGGACCCCCAGUGCUGGGACGCGUCCUCGGCCCGGCUGCUGGAGAUGCGCGCCCCCAGGCUCGCGGACACGGUGCCGGCCUUUUGGGACCUGAUGGAGUCCCUCAGGUCAUCGGACAACGGCAAGCACACGGCGCUGUUCUGGGACCUGGCCCGGGUCUUCUGGGACAUGUAUCUGGACUGCGUCCUGUCCAGAAGUCACGGCCUGGGCCGAAGGCACAUGGCAUCAGUCCACUCCCUCAUUACUGACAAGUCUUUCCGGUUCAACCGCUCAGGAGUGAACAGCCGGGCAUGGCUCAGUGUCAGGGUGAGACGCAGAGGACACAUCACCACCCUGAAGACUGAACCGCAAUGA